GAAUCUCUCGCUAGUCCACUACUGGCAACGGUCUAUCUGUGGUUAAUUCCCUUCGAAUCGAGUCUCUAUCGAGAAAAACAAGAAAAACAAAAAUGAGACAAGAAAGAACUCAAUUUUGAUAUUUGUUUCUCUCGAAGAUUUGCCAUUAUAAUAUUCAUUAAAUAGUCCACUUGAUUAAUUCUUUAAUGAUGGAAAAUUUCAAUUCAUCAUCUUAUCCAUUCAACGCCAACCUCAUUCAAUAUCUGCAUUCUUCAAACCCACAUUUUUUACAUUUUCCAUUCCCACAAUCUUUUACCUAUUCAAAUCCAUCAGAUGAGCUUAUAUUCUCAUCUGGGUGGUUGUCCUUUUGUUUAUCGUGGGCUUAUCGAUCAUUCGCUGUCUUCAACGAACUACCCAGAUUCAUUUUAGUGCCAAUUGUUUCUCUGGUGAUUACCAAAGACUCAAUUCAGUGUUUACUUGUUUGAGCAAUUUCUGUAUUGGAUGUUGUCUGAGCAAUUUCUUGGUUGUAGUCUACUUGUUUGAUAUUUGUCCAGUUGGUGUUGGAUUUAUUUCUUUUGAUUAUAUGAUUUGAGACGUUAGUUUGUAUCAAAUAUUUCAACUUUUCAAGUGGUGAGGAGUGUUCUAACAUGGCUGAAUCCGUAUAUAAUGAUUCGUUCUCUGAAGGCUCGCAGCAUGGUCAGGGUGUACAGUUUGUGCCAUUUAAGACCUCUACGGGGUCUUUGAAGGUCCUGCUGUUACAUGGGAAUUUAGAUAUUUGGGUCAAAGAGGCCAAGAACCUUCCUAACAUGGAUAUGUUUCAUAAGAAAUUAGGGGACAUGUUUGGCAGAUUCGGCAGCAAAAUUGAAGGGAACGUGGCUAGUAAGAUAACAAGUGAUCCAUAUGUUACAAUUUCGGUAACAAGUGCUGUUAUUGGGAGGACUUUUGUGAUCAGUAACAGCGAGAAUCCGGCUUGGAUGCAGCAUUUUGAUCUUCCCGUUGCACAUUAUGCUGCAGAAGUGCACUUUGUUGUUAAAGACAAUGAUAUUGUGGGUUCCCAAAUCAUUGGGGCUGUUGGGGUACCAGUAGAGCAACUGUACUCGGGCACAAAAAUUGAAGGCACCUUCCCGAUUCUUAAUGCGAGUGGGAAGCCAUGUAAGCAUGGAGCUGUCUUGACUAUAUCAAUUCAGUACACCCCAAUUGAUAAAGUGGCACUGUACCAUGUUGGGGUGGGUUCAGGCCCUGAUUAUCAUGGCGUGCGGGGUACAUAUUUUCCCCUCAGGAGAGGCGGAAAGGUAACACUUUAUCAAGAUGCCCAUGUCCAUGAAGGUUGCCUUCCAAAUUUGAUGCUCGACAAUGGCACUCAGUAUGAGCAUGGGGAUUGUUGGCAAGACAUAUGUGAUGCAAUAAGUCAGGCCCGCCGUUUGGUAUACAUUGUGGGGUGGUCUGUGUACCAUAAACUUGGACUCGUUCGGGGUAAUGAUAAUGCUAAAGAUUGCAUUUUAGGAGACCUUCUUAAAACCAAGUCACAGGAAGGUGUGAGAGUGCUGCUCCUUGUUUGGGAUGAUCCUACUUCUAGGAGCAUUUUGGGUUUCCAAACGGAUGGGGUCAUGGGAACCGGUGAUGAGGAGACUCGUCGUUUUUUCAAGCAUUCUUCAGUGCAAGUGCUACUUUGCCCCCGAUCUGCUGGAAAAGGACAUAGUUGGGCCAAAAAACAGGAAGUAGGAACAAUCUACACCCAUCAUCAGAAAACUGUGAUUGUGGAUGCUGACGCAGGUCACUACAAGAGAGAGAUCAUAGCCUUUGUCGGAGGUCUUGAUUUAUGCCUGGGUCGAUAUGAUACUCCAAAACACCCUAUUUUCAGCACGUUAAAAACUGUGCACAACGAUGACUACCAUAAUCCUAAUUUCACGGGGCCUGCUGUUGGUUGUCCAAGAGAACCUUGGCAUGAUUUACACUCUCGAAUUGAUGGUCCAGCAGCAUAUGAUAUCCUCACCAAUUUUGAACAGCGCUGGUUAAGGGCUUCAAAACCCCAUGGACUACAAAAAAUUAAGAAAAUGAAAUCGUCAUAUGAUGAUUCCUUACUUAAAAUUGAAAGAAUCUCUGAUAUCUUAAAAAUGGAUGAUGCACCCUGCCUGAGAGAGGAUGAUCCUGAGACUUGGCAUGUCCAGGUAUUUCGUUCAAUUGAUUCCAGCUCUGUUAAGGGGUUCCCGAAAGACCCAAAAGAUGCCAUGAGCAGGAACCUGGUAUGCGGGAAGAAUGUACUGAUAGACAUGAGUAUACAUGCAGCAUACAUAAAAGCAAUUCGUGCUGCCCAACAUUUCAUUUAUAUUGAGAACCAGUACUUCCUUGGGUCGUCAUAUAACUGGACUAAUUACAAAAACUUAGGUGCAAACAAUUUAAUUCCAAUGGAAAUUGCUCUCAAAAUUGCUAAUAAAAUUAGAGCACACGAGAGGUUUUCAGUAUAUAUUGUCAUCCCAAUGUGGCCAGAGGGUGUUCCUACAAGUACUCCUACACAAAGGAUUCUCUUUUGGCAGCAUAAUACAAUGCAAAUGAUGUAUGAAGUAAUUUACAAAGCUUUACAAGAGGUAGGGCUUGAAAACAAAUAUGAACCUCAAGACUAUUUGAAUUUCUUCUGCCUUGGCAAUCGUGAGGCUCAAGACAGGGAAGACACUUCAGAUGAAGGAAAUCCUAUUUCCUCAAAAACUCCCCAAGCACUCACUAGGAAAAAUCGACGCUUCAUGAUUUAUGUCCAUUCAAAAGGAAUGAUAGUGGAUGACGAGUAUGUUAUAUUGGGGUCUGCAAACAUCAACCAACGUUCCUUAGAAGGCACCAGAGACACUGAAAUUGCAAUGGGUGCAUAUCAACCUCGGCAUACUUGGGCAAGCAAAUACUCUAGUCCCCAUGGCCAGAUCUAUGGGUACAGAAUGUCACUAUGGGCAGAGCACAUAGGUUUUCUCGAGCAUUAUUUUGAGCAACCUGAUAGUCUCGAUUGUGUUAGACGAGUACGAUACCUGAGUGAGCUGAACUGGAAGCAAUAUGCUGCUGAAGAUAUUACUGAAAUGAAUGGUCACCUUCUCAAGUACCCAGUUGAAGUUGAUCGAACAGGCAAGGUAAAGCCUAUUCCUGGUUGUGAAACAUUUCCGGAUAUGGGCGGAAACAUUGUGGGGACAUUUACGGCCAUUCAAGAAAAUCUCACCAUUUGAUCAUCCGGUGUCUUAGUUUCCACUAGCCUCCUCUUAUUAGGCUUCUGUUACACAUCAUUAUUCAACAAAUUCAAAUAUCACAAAUGUCGAUGUUCUGGUUGAGCCAGUGUCCCAUGUAUCCAUUGCUACAUUAUUUUAUUUUACUUUGGUUUUUUCAUGGGCCAGUUUUUAGCUGAUAAGAUUUUAAUUAAUAUUCCUUUUGAGUAAAAAGGUUGGUUGGAGUUUUAUUUGUUUUAGACUUGCAAAGAAUAAUGAAAUUAUUUCGAAGGUGACCUUUGUCCUGUUUGGAGCUCUAUUAAUUUGUAUUUGUAAUGUACGUUCGACGGUAUCUGGAAAUGAAUCUCUCAUUUCGUAA